GUUUUGUUCUGUUUUGUUCUUUAUCACAGUUUUGCUUUUUCUUCGGUUCACAGAUCUUGGUCCCAAAGAUUCGGUAACCAUGGGUAUCGAGGAACAGUUCAUCCUCCUCUCGUUGGGGCUCGUCACCAUUGGAGUGAGAAUGGGCGUGCGAAUCCGACAGAUUGGGUUUGGGGGAUGGCAGUUGGAUGAUUAUCUGAUGCCCUUCACAGGUCUUGUCUUCACUGCGGAAACAGUUGCUGCGUAUCUCGUCGGUGCCAAGUUCCAGGGCUUGACGAAUAGUUACAUGACGGAUCAAGAACGCGCCGACAUCGAUAUGAAUGGGCAAGAACAUUAUAAUCGGGUUUGGGGAUCCAAGAUCCAGGUGAUAGGCUGGUCCUUUUAUGCUUGUAUUCUCUGGUGCCUCAAGUUUUGCGUCACUGCGUUUUAUGGGCGUCUUACAUCUGGAUUGACGCAUCUCAAGACUCGAGUGACGAUCGCGUAUAUCAUUCUUGGUGUUUCAUACGCUGUUGUCGCGCUUACGAUUUUACUGUCUUGUCAACCUUUUCAUCACUUUUGGCAAGUCUCGCCAGACCCUGGACUUCUUUGCCAACCGACCAAGUCGCCGGCUUAUGUGUUGGUUGUUGUUAUUCCCAACAUCUUGACGGAUAUCUACCUUCUCUCCAUUCCGCUACCUCUUCUCUGGGGCGUAAACAUUAGUUUGCGACGCAGACUCACGCUCAUGCUGCUCUUCAGCGGUGCCCUCUUCAUCAUGAUGGCGGGUACAAUUCGCGCCGUAACAAUUCUCACAGCCGGUCCAAAUGGCGCAGUCGCAGGAAGUCAAUGGGCAUGUCGCGAAACAUUCGUCGCAAUAAUCGUCACAAACCUCCCCAUAAUCCAACCCCUCAUCCGCAAAGGCGCCAGCAUGAUCGGUCUCAGCGUGCUCUUCAGCCGCGGCACCAAAUCCGCAUCACAAAGCCACCAGCUCCGCAGCAGCGAAAUGGGCGGGAGCCGUUUCAACACUAGCCGCCGCCGCGGGCCUGGCAGUUCGCACCCGCUAGCGACGGUUCCCCAGACCACGGCCUGGGCCAGCGAUGAGCACAUCCUCCCUGAAGCUGGGAAACCUGCCGGGGCUGGGGGUGGUAUCGUGGUUGCGCAGGAGAUCAGCGUGCAGUCUGAGGUCACUACGGAGGGUGAUCGUGGGAGGAGGGGACCUGAGGGGAAUGACUGGGGGUACAAGACGAGUGUGUCAAGGAGUCCAUAAGGGCAUGGCUUGGCUUGGGCACCAAUGCGAUGAUAGGCUACGUCGUUUGGGAACAGGGAAAAGGGAUCUAGCGCUGGAAUUAGAGAUGGGAGUAACUUUGGCCCGCAAGGACUUAUUCUUUUCUAUACCUAUACUAUACUAUCACAAUUAAUGCUAAUGCGAAAAGACCUUCUCG